AUGCUUUUCAAUACAGUGAUCUCCUCUGUUGCCUUGAUGGCCGGCUUCGUCGCUGCAGCCCCUGCUGCUUCCUCUAAUGCCACUGCUGCUACAAGCAACAUUUCAUUCCUCAAGUUUGGUCAGCCCACUGUCAAUGUUGUAAAUCACUGCAGUUCCACUCUCAAGGUUGGUAACUCGAUUGCUGAGGAUUAUUUUGGCGAUGUCGUUGAUGUGCCUGCUGGUUCAACACACACUUAUACAUUGCCUGUCAACUGGUCUGGACGUGUUUGGGGUAGAAUCAAUUGUGGUGGUGAAAACUGCUUCAAAUCUGGUAUGGGUUCUCCUGCUUCUCUUGCUGAAUUCCACUUUUUGGACUCUGGUGCUGUAUACUAUGAUAUCUCUCUUGUUGAUGGUUUCAAUUUGCCCAUGACUGUAGCUCCUGUCAUGAAGCAAGGUCUUACCUCCAAUGAUGAACGCCAUUGCGCUACUUCUUCUUGUUCGACUUUGCCUAGUUGUCCUGCUGGUUUCGAAACUUAUGAUGCUCAGGGUAAGGUGUCAGGUUGCAAGAGUGCCUGUACCAAGUUCAAUACAGAUGAGUACUGCUGUACUGGCAGUUUCUAUAGUCCCAAUGUCUGCACCACCAACUCCUAUGCCUCUGAGGUUAAGGCUGCUUGUCCUGAUGCCUAUAGUUAUGCUUUUGAUGAUGCCACAAGUGUCUUCCUCUGUAACACCAACGAAUACACAGUUACUUUUUGUUAG